GUAAAACAUUCAUCCUCUUCCACUUGACUCACUAUCUUUCCCACAAUGGCUUCCGCAAGAUUUUUAUCUCUCCUCCCCAUCGUCACUCUCUCUCUUCUCCUCACCACGACCGAUGCUUCCUCUCGCUCCCUACCAACAUCACACGAAACGACCGUACUCGACGUCGUUUCAUCUCUCCAGCAAACACAACACAUCCUCUCAAUCGACCCGACUCGUUCCUCACUCACCACCACCACCGCCGCAAAAGAAUCCAUCCCUGUCUUUCUCAACUCCUCUUCUCCACUCUCUCUAGAGCUCCACUCCCGAGACACCCUCGUCGCGUCACAGCACAAAAACUACAAGAGCCUAGUACUGAGUCGACUCGAGCGAGACUCAUCCCGAGUCGCCUCAAUCAUCGCCAAAGUCAAACUCGCCGUCGAGGGCGCCGACAGCGAGACCCAUUACCAACCUGAGGAGCUCACGACACCUGUCAUCUCCGGAGCUAGCCAAGGAAGCGGCGAGUACUUCUCCCGGCUCGGCGUCGGAACUCCGGCGAAGGAGAUGUACAUGGUGCUCGACACCGGAAGCGACAUAAACUGGAUCCAGUGCAAGCCUUGCUCCUCCUGCUAUCAACAAUCCGACCCGAUAUUCGACCCGAGUUCAUCCUCCACGUACAAGUCCCUCACUUGCUCCGCUCCACAGUGCGCUUCUCUAAGAGCCUCGGCUUGCCGCUCAGACAAGUGUCUCUACCAAGUUCGUUACGGCGACGGGUCUUUCACCGUCGGUGAAUACGCAACCGAUACGGUGACGUUUGGAAGCUCAGGUAAAGUAGACAACGUUGCUUUGGGGUGUGGUCGUGAUAACGAGGGACUCUUCACCGGAGCAGCCGGUUUACUCGGUUUAGGCGGUGGAGCUUUGUCGAUGACGAGUCAGAUCAAAGCGAAGUCUUUCUCUUACUGCCUCGUUGACCGCGACUCGGGGAAGUCGUCGAGUCUUGAUUUCAACUCGGUGCAAGUCGGCGCCGGAGACGCGACGGCGCCGAUCCUCCGUAACAGCAAGAUCGACACUUUCUACUACGUCGGGUUCACUGGGUUCAGCGUCGGUGGUCAGCAAGUCUCGAUCCCUUCGUCGGCGUUCGCCGUCGACGCUUCGGGAACCGGAGGAGUGAUCUUGGACUGUGGAACCGCCGUGACUCGGCUCCAGACUCAGGCCUAUAACUCGCUUCGCGACGCGUUCGUGAAACUCACGGCGAAUCUCAAAAGAGGAACGUCGAGCAUCUCUCUGUUCGACACGUGCUACGACUUCUCGUCUCUCUCCACCGUGAAGGUCCCGACGGUGGCGUUUCACUUCACCGGUGGAAAGACUCUUAAUUUGCCGGCGAAGAAUUACUUGAUCCCUAUUGAUGAUGCGGGGACGUUCUGCUUCGCUUUUGCUCCGACGUCGUCUUCGUUGUCGAUCAUCGGGAACGUGCAGCAGCAAGGGACACGCAUCACUUACGAUCUAGCGAAUCAUCUUAUCGGGUUGUCAGCUAAUAAGUGCUAAAGUGGAUGAUUAGUAGUUUUACAGAUAUAUCAGUAAAACCCUUUAGUUCUUCGUUUUUUAAUGAAAAAAUAAAAUCUGAAGUGUGGAGUAUUUUCUUCUUCUAAUUAA